CCUGGAGAGGAUCGACAGUGUCAGCCUGGUGGACUACACACCCACAGACCAGGACCUCCUCAGGUGCAGAGUGCUAACAUCAGGAAUUUUUGAGACCCGAUUCCAAGUGGACAAAGUGAACUUUCACAUGUUCGAUGUGGGCGGCCAGAGGGACGAGAGAAGAAAGUGGAUCCAGUGCUUUAACGAUGUUACCGCCAUCAUUUACGUCGCAGCCUGCAGUAGCUACAACAUGGUGAUCCGGGAGGAUAACAACACCAACAGACUGAGAGAAUCGCUGGACCUUUUUGAAAGCAUCUGGAACAACAGGUGGCUGCGGACCAUUUCCAUCAUCUUGUUCUUGAACAAGCAGGAUAUGCUGGCAGAAAAGGUCUUGGCAGGGAAAUCAAAAAUCGAAGACUAUUUCCCAGAGUAUGCAAAUUACACUGUUCCUGAAGAUGCCACACCGGACGCAGGAGAAGAUCCCAAAGUUACAAGAGCCAAGUUCUUCAUCCGGGACCUGUUUUUGAGGAUCAGCACGGCCACCGGUGACGGCAAACACUACUGCUACCCGCACUUCACCUGUGCGGUGGACACGGAGAACAUCCGCAGGGUGUUUAACGACUGCCGGGACAUCAUCCAGCGGAUGCACCUCAAGCAGUACGAACUCUUGUGAGGGCCACCACCCU